AUGAAUGUAGAACUUAUAGAACUUAAAAUUGUUAGUAUCUUUCCUUUGAGUAGCUGUUCCCAGCUUCAGUGCUGCAGGCACCUCAUUCCAGGGCCUCUGUGGUGCUCCGAUGCCCCUCACCCACUGUUGAAGAUCCCCGGUGGGCGAGGGGAUGGCAGGGAUCCUGCACUGCCACCUGUGAUCUAUAAGGACGAGAAGCUCACUGUUUCUCAAGAUCUUCCUGUGAAUGAUGAGCACCCCAGCCUCAUCUAUUUCCAUUACAAGAUCACCGAGGUGAAAGCGUCGUCAUGGAAUGCCAUGCUAUCGAACCAGAGUCUCUUUGUGGAGAUCCCAGAAGGCAUCCUGGCUGAUGGGAGCAAAGAAGGGUUGCUGGCCCUACUAGAAUAUGCAGAGGAGAAGAUGAAAGUGAGCUAUGUCUUCAUAUGCUUUAGGAAGAGCAGAGAAGACCGAGGUCCUCUCCUCAAGACGUUCAGCUUCUUGGGAUUCGAGGUGGUACGCCCUGGGCACCCAUGCGUUCCUGCGCGUCCUGAAGUGCUGUUUAUGGUGUACACGCUGGAGCAAAACUCUUCAGACGAGGAAUGAGACACACUGAACGUGACGUUCCUGACGCUCCAUUUGUUUGUGUGUGUUGGAGUAGUGAGUGGGGAAUUUUUAGCACCUUUUUUUUUUCUUCUUUUUUUUUUCUCCUCCUUCUGGGGCUGAGACGAUUAAGCGCGCAUGAUCAUGCGAUGGACUGACCUUUUUUGGCCUUUCUUUCUCGUUUAUAAGAUGUAUGUUUGUUAUUUUUAUUUGGAUUUUUUUUUUCCUUUGCAAUAUUGUUCCAAGGCAUCAACUUCAAGCACCUUGCAGUCUGUGAUCACAAAUGUAAUGAGAAUGUAGUCCGUAAAGCGGCAUAUGGAAAAAAGUUACCUUUUAAAUGCCAUGCACUUGUUGUGUUUUACUUCUUGUUAACCAUACUCUUUUUUUAUUUAUUUAUUUUUCUCCCCUAUGAGGUUUAUCGCUUUACUUUCCUGGCAUGGAGAACGUUAAAUUAGGAUAAACUAGUGCUAAAGAGAUCUUAUACGUGGCUCAUGUAUAUAAACCAUAGCUCAAAAUUUUUACUUGCCAUUGGUGAAUGAAAAUGUAGCAUUGGUGAGUAUGCUAUGGCUUGUAGUGGCGAGCAACUUCUUAAAAUCCGGCUAUUGCCAUCGGACUUCAAAUUCUAAACCUUGGUUGACUUAUUAACACAGCCUAUUACUCCUUUUUUGUUUGUUUUUUAUUUUCUUUUUUUACACCAUUUAUCUUUUAUACCCAAAUUUGACCCCUGACACUACAUAUCUCAUUAUAAAUAAUGCAAGCGGACCCUCCAGAUUGCUUGUGUCCCUGCAAGCACCCAAAUCACUCAAACUAUAAUUUAACUUUCCUCUAGUGUUUCUGAAACAGAAAUAUGGCUUGAAUCUAGAGUUGGAAAAUCAUUAAACAAUGGAACAGUAAUGUUGAAAAUGA